CGCGCGCACGCGGCGCGACCGUUGGCGGCGCGCGGCCGGCAGCGGGGCCGCGCCUGGGGCCCAGCUCGGCCGUGAGGGGACGGGGCCGGACCGCAGCGGCUGCCGAGGGGCCCGGGGCCGGGGCCAUAACGGCGGCGCUGCCCCCGCGGUCUCCUCAUGGGGCGGCGGAGGAUGUGAUCCCGCCGCACGAUGAAGCCCGGCGCCGCCAGAGCAGCGCGGCCCCCAGAUGGAAUGCAAGCAAAACCAGAAAAGACAAAAUCUUCUCUGAAGAAUGUGAAAAAAGACGUAGGAAAACCAGAGAAACUGAAAUACAAACCACUCACUGGGAAGGUGUUUUACCUCGAUAUUCCAUCAAAUGUGAUCUCUGAAAAAAUAGGAAAGGAUCUCAAGGAACUAGGAGGGAGAGUGGAGAGUUUUCUCAGCAAAGAUAUCAGCUAUCUGGUGUCUAAUAAAAAGGAGGCAAAAUUUGCACCAACUCUUGGUCAGAUUUCUCCAGUUCCUAGCCCAGAAUCUGCAUGCAAUGGAGGAAAUAGUUCACCUCAUCCUAGCAACCGAAAAGAUCGACGUGAUGGAAGUUCAUUUAAGACAAUAGAUACAGUACGUAUGAGCAGAGGAAAAUCCUUAGUUGAAAAAGCAAUUAGAGAGCAGGAAUUAAUUCCCUCUGGCAGUAUACUGUCCAAUGCUUUGAGUUGGGGAGUGAAGAUCCUUCAUAUUGAUGAUGUUAAGCAUUACAUUGAACAAAAGAAAAAAGAACUCUACCUGAUUAAAAGCACAGGCAGUUCUUUGAAAGAUGUGGGAAAACAAGUUACUAACCCAAAAUCAAGAACAGGUAGACUGAAAAAUCCGUUUGUGAAGGUGGAGGAUAGGAGUUGCCUCUACCGCCCAUUUUAUCUGCAAUUACCUACUUUUCCAGUUCUGAACUACUGUGUUCCAAAACCUUAUAGUCCAUUUGAGGUGGAUAAGAAGCUGCCUUCUGGUCAAAAACAAACUCAGUCUAAACAAAGAAACAAAAUAAAUAGUGACAAGGACUGUGGAACUCCUGCUCAGCUCCCUCAGAAGGACAAAAAAAGGAAAGGAUAUUGUGAAUGUUGCGGAAAGAAGUAUGAAGAUCUGCAAACCCAUCUUGAGAGUGAACAGCACCGAAAUUUUGCACUAAGCACACAGUAUCAAGUUGUUGAUGAUAUAAUCUCCAAGUUUGUUUAUGAGUUUGUUGAAUACAAAGAUGACGCAAAAAAAGUUAAAAGGACAAAAUGUAGUACAGGAUAUUUUUCUCCUAUUAUUGGAAAGAUAACCAGACCAGACGAGCUGAAAGAACGACUGAAGAAGCAACGCAUUUCAUUGAAAAGUUACUCGUGGAAAGAUACUACAAUACAGGCGCUCAAACUGGAUCGCCAGACUACAGAAAUACAACCAAAUUCUGUGCCAGUGCCUACCCCUGUUUCUGGAUCUCUUUGUUCAAUUCUUUAUUGUCAUCUGUCACAACCUUCAGAAGUAAAAAGUAGAUUCAGAAAUAACAAUGAAAAUACUAAAACUGAUUGCUCCUGUGUCACAAACUUAAGAGACACUGUUGUAUCAUCAAAUUUCAUACAACUACUUCCUCAGAAAGAUGACAAAUCCUACAUGGAGAACUUGUCUCAAACUUUUGAGCCAUUCAGUAAAGAAAUGUUUGAACCAGAAGUAAAUAAAAGGAAUUUACAGUGUUUUCAGGAAGACGUGUGUACUGUGUAUUCUCAUACUCAAGUUACAGAUUUUGGUGAAAAAGACAGAAACUUACCGCAGCCAAAACGAAAAUUAAAUAAUACGGUAGUCUUACCAGCAAAGUGUUUGAAAAAAACAGAUGCCAAUCCUAAAUUUGUCAAGAAACAUCAUGAUUUAUGUGAUAAUCAUCAACAGAUGCAGCACAAUGUCGUUCUGGAGGCUGAGGUAUCUGAGACUGCUAUAAACAAAGAACUUAAUGAAUUGGCUGCCAGCACUGCACACAGCUCACCAUCUGGAAAGCUGCACAGAAAAGUAAAGCUUUACUUAGGAAGAAAUAGAAGAGAAAACCGGAAGCAGAAUAUGGAGUUAUGUGUAAAGUACACAGAUGGAUUGUGUGUUCCCGAAGAGAAGAAGAGUGCUUGUAGCUCACCAGUGCAAGCCCUACUGGAACUAUUUCAGACAAGUGAAAUAAACUCUGAAUUUGGAGGUUUUUCAGUUUACACUGACAACAAAGAUUCAACUGGCAUAAAAGAUAUAUGGGAAGGGCAGAACACAAAUGUUGUUUGUUCGUUAUUCUCCUCUUCAUCCUCAUCCCCAUUUGUUGGAUUUUAAUGCUGCUGUAUUUAAUAUAAUUUUCAAAUAAAUUUGCAAAUUUAAGAUUUUA